GACGAUGGCUCAGACAUUCCACCAGGAGUACAUGGCUGUUCCGCCGGUUACACGAACUUACGCCACAGCGUGUGUACUGACCACUAUCGCUGUUCAGCUUGACAUCCUUUCACCCUUUCAGUUAUAUUUUAAUCAGUCCCUGAUUUGGAGGAAAUAUCAGAUCUGGAGACUCUUCACCAACUUCACAUUCUUCGGAACCAUCGGUUUUAACUUUGUAUUUAACAUGAUAUUUACAUAUCGGUACUGUCGAAUGUUGGAAGAAGGCUCUUUCAGAGGGAGAACUGCCGACUUUAUAAUGAUGUUUGUUUUUGGUGGUUUUCUGAUGACGAUAUGCGCAUGUUUCGUGAACUUGGUGUUUUUGGGGCAAGCCUUUACCAUCAUGCUCGUGUACAUCUGGGCCAAGAGAAAUCCUUACAUUAGGAUGAAUUUCUUUGGAAUGCUCAACUUUAAUGCUCCUUAUUUACCAUGGGUUCUGUUUGGAUUCUCAUUACUUCUUGAUAACUCAGUUAUAGUUGAUCUCAUGGGUAUCGCUGUAGGACACGUUUAUUUCUACUUAGAGGAUGUGCUUCCUAACAUUGAGGGAGGAUGUAAGAUCCUGAAGACACCCCGGCUCCUGAAGCUCCUGUUUGACGAAGGAGAAGAUGAGUACGGGGAGGUACCUGAUGAUACCCGGCCAGGGGGCUAUAACUGGGGGGAGGAUGUCAGGGAACAACCAGAACAGGAGGCUGCUCCUCAGGAGGACCAUCCUCAUCAGGAUUAGGGGACUCUUCUCAUUAUUUCCUACUGUAAUAUGGGCCUUGUUGUGCUGCUUGGGGAUUCCAGUAUUGUUAGGGAAUGUUGGGGUACGUUUUUUGCUUGACCUUCUGAAGAUAACCCGUUCAUGAUGGUGAUACCUUUGUGGAAAAAAGUAAAGAAUUGAUUUUUAUUUGAAAAUGAAUUGUAAUGAUGAUGUUCCAAGCUUUAGCUCCAUUAAUUCAUCUACUGGCAUGAUUUUCGGGGAAAAAAGGUUUUUAAACAUGACGUUAAGGUGAAAUGUUUGAUAUAAUAUAAUCAUAAGUGGUUGCUGGUCAACAUUUCUGAUGAUUGACGCAAUUCUAGAUUAUUCAAUACACUUCACGAUUGAUUUGUUUACAGCAAAACAUUGGGGACCUUCG